AUGAUGUCGUCUCGCAAACGAAAUGCAAUUUUAGAAGAAUUUAUAGAAAUAUAUAAAUCGGAGCCCUGUAUAUGGCGAUUGAAGGAUAAAGAGUAUCAUGACCGAAAUAAAAGAGCGGCAGCAUACGAAAAACUUAUAAUUAAAUUAAUAGAACUAGAGCCAAAUGCGACAAAGGAAGAUGUUGUAAAAAAAAUUAAUGCGCUACGAAGUAAAGUACGUAGAGAAAAAAGAAAGGUUGAAGAAUCCACUAAGUUGGGAGCGUCAGGUGACGAAAUUUAUAAACCGUCGUUGUGGUACUAUGACAUGUUUGAAUUUCUCGGAGAUCAGGACAUUCCUCGUACUUCACAGUCCAAUAUAGAUGAAGCUGAUCAAAUUGAGGAAAUUGCUGAUACCAGGGAUAGUAAUGAAACUUCGGAUACAGUAACUCCAGAAAAUAUAAAUAUAGCACAAAACUCAUCAUCCCAAGAACAGCAGCAAGAGUCAGCGGCGAAACGACCAAUAUCAUCAAGACCCGGUAAAAAAAACAACGAGCCAGAAAAACUAACGAACGAAGUAUUAACUUCUAUUAGGGAUCACUUUAAACGACCUGCAGCUUCACCACCACCGCAAGAAGACCGGUAUGAUUUACUAGGUAAAUCAAUAGCAUUGAAAUUAAGGGCAAUGGAAAAACGCCAGCGGCUUAUAGUUGAAAAACUUAUAAAUGAUACUUUGUUUGAAGGAGAAAUGGGAAAUCUUACCACAGAAAGCUAUCAGAACAGAAAUAUUCCACACUAUCAUAGAGGUCUAUACAUAAAUUCUCCUAGUCCGACAUCCAUCUCAAGUACUAGCCCAUAUCAUACACAAAGUCCAAGUCCAUCAUUGAUGCAACAAUUUCAAUAUACUCUAUUUAAUGCGAACUCUCCUCAGAACCCUUCGCUCAUACAGCUUCCUUCUACAGGUGAUGCAAUAAAUAAUCCUCCUGCUGUGGUACAAUUAUCAAUUCCAGAAAAGACUGACUCGUCUCAGGACCUGUUCCAUUCUACACCAUCAGCAAUGAAUAAUUCUACCAAUGUACAAUUUACACUUGAAGAAGAUUCUGUUACAGCAUCAACUUACUACUCAAAUUUUGAAUAUAAUUAG